AUGGCCGCCCAGCGAGUAGCCAUCAUCGGGGCUGGUGCCUCUGGCCUUUGUGCCCUGAAAUGCUGCCUGGAUGAGGCGCUGGUACCCACCUGCUUCGAGAGGAGCGGGGACAUCGGGGGGCUCUGGCGCUUUGAGGAGCAGCCUGAGGAGGGCCGCGCCAGCAUCUACCGCUCCGUCAUCAUCAACACCUCCAAGGAGAUGAUGUGCUUCAGCGACUUCCCCAUCCCCGACGACUUCCCCAACUACAUGCACAACUCCAAGAUCAUGGAGUACUUCCGCAUGUACGCCCAGCACUUCGACCUGCUCCGCCACAUCCGCUUCAGGGGCCCCAAGCGCCCCGACUUUGCCGCCACGGGCCAGUGGGAGGUGGUGACGGAGAGCGAGGGGAAGCAGGAGGCGGCCAUCUUCGACGCUGUGCUGGUGUGCACCGGGCACCACACCGAGGCGCACCUCCCGCUGAGCGCCUUCCCAGGGCUGGAAAAGUUUGAGGGCUGGUACCUGCACAGCCGGGACUACAAGAGCCCACAGUUCUUUUCAGGGAAGCGGGUGGUCGUGGUUGGCACCGGGAAUUCAGGCAUCGACAUCGCAGUGGAGCUGAGCCACACAGCCAAGCAGGUCUUCCUCAGCACCAAGCGUGGGACCUGGGUGCUGCACCGGGUGGCAGACGGCGGGUACCCCUUUGACUUCUGCUACAUCAGCCGCUUCUUACAGCUCCUCCAAAGCUUGCUGCCCCACAACGCCAGCAGCUUUUUCCUGGAGAGGAAGCUGAACGCCCGCUUCGACCACGCACUCUAUGGCCUCCAGCCCCAGCACCGGUGA